AUCAGGUGCCGCGGGGCAGAAGAUGCGGAGAAACUGCUGCGACUAGAGUGAAAGGCUUCAACAUGGGAAACUGGAUUAUCAACCAUGGACUCACAUCAUUUAUACUGGUGGUCUGGAUGGGGAUCAACAUCUUUCUUUUCGUCUGGUUUUACUUCUUCUACGACCUAGGAGACCAGUUUUUCUACACUCGACAUAUUUUAGGGUCUGCUUUGGCCUGGGCCAGAGCUCCUGCUGCUGUCCUCAACUUCAACUGCUUGCUGAUCCUCCUCCCAGUCUGCAGGAACCUGCUGUCUCUGCUCCGAGGAUCCUUUGUGUGUUGUGGAAGAACCAUGAGGAAACAGCUUGACAAAAAUUUAAGUUUCCACAAGUUGGUAGCGUACAUGAUCGGACUAAUGACAGCUGUUCACAUGAUCGCCCAUUUGUUGAACGUGGAGUGGUACAACAACAGCAGACAAGGCGUUUACGACAAACUCAGCACAGCGUUGUCCAAUCUGGAGGACAGUGACAACACCACCUACCUGAACCCAAUCCGCACAACAGACAUCGAUCCGCAGCAGAUUCCAACCUACUUCGUCUUCACCACCAUCGCUGGCCUUACAGGAGUCAUCAUCACUCUGUGCCUCAUCCUCAUCAUCACCUCCUCCAUGGAGGUCAUCAGGCGGAGCUACUUUGAAGUCUUCUGGUACACACAUCACCUCUUCGUCAUCUUCUUCGCUGGUCUGGUUUUUCACGGAGCCGGGCGUAUUGUGAGGAGCCAGAAUAUGGAUACUAUUCCGCCACACAACUUCACAUUCUGUAAAGACCGCAGUGAUGACUGGGGACGGAUUCCAGAGUGUCCCAUCCCUCAGUUUAGAGGUGGAUUUCCACAGACGUGGAUGUGGGUGAUCGGUCCAAUGGUUCUUUAUCUUUGUGAACGUCUCCUUCGUUUUAUACGAUACAUGCAGGCGGUCAGAUACAGGAAGAUUGUGAUGCGGCCGUCGAAAGUGCUGGAGCUGCAGCUGGUGAAGAACGGCUUUACAAUGGAGGUGGGGCAGUACGUGUUCCUCAACUGUCCAGCCAUUUCGCAGCUCGAGUGGCACCCGUUCACCAUGACCUCUGCACCCGAGGAGGACUUCUUCAGCGUCCACAUCCGUUCGGCCGGAGACUGGACCAACAAACUCAUCAGCAUUAUGGAACAGCUUCCAGAGGGAGCGCAAGGACCAAAAAUGGGGGUGGACGGCCCCUUCGGCACAGCCAGUGAGGACGUAUUCGACUAUGAGGUCGCAAUGUUGGUCGGCGCCGGAAUUGGGGUCACUCCAUUCGCUUCUAUACUCAAAUCCAUCUGGUACAAAUUCAAAGAGUCCAAUCCAAAGCUGCGCACGAGAAAGAUCUACUUCUAUUGGCUUUGUCGGGAAACACACGCCUUUGAAUGGUUUGCUGACCUUCUUCAGGUGCUGGAGAAAGAGAUGGAUGAGAGAGGCAUGGGGGAUUUCCUCACCUACAACCUCUACCUGACUGGAUGGGAUCAAAACCUGACUAAUGCAGUGACUGUUCGCUUCGACGAGGACACAGAUGUGGUCACUGGACUCAAACAGAAAACUCACUAUGGCCGACCCAUCUGGGACAAAGAAUUUGAGAAAGUCCGCAAAGAGAAUCCCACGUCUGUGGUGGGGACGUUCUUAUGUGGCCCUGAAGCUCUGGCAAAGGUUUUGGAGAAGAAAUGCGCCAAAUACUCCGACGUGGAUCCACGGAAGACCAAGUUUUACUUCAACAAAGAAAACUUCUGAGCACAACAGAAACUUUCUAUCUGGACUCUGGAACAGACAAGAGUUAGUGGAAGUUUUCAGUUCCCAAACAUUCUCUUUAGACAUCUGAGUUGUCUGACAACCUGCGAUCAUUAGAAGGGUGUGGUUUAGACUCGCACCUACCUAUUCUGCACUUCUAUUACAAAGAGGCGGAUAAUUUUAUCAGCUCUACUCAGGGAUGGAGUCUUGCAUCAUCUGUGCGAUGAUUCAUGGCUUAAAUGACCAGUUACAAUCAGAGGAUUAUAGAAGCUCUGGAAAAAGUUCAUCACUAUCCAACUCUCACUAUUCACAGCUAUGCGUUUCAGUAGAAGUAUUUCUGGUAUUCCUGCAACCUACUGACAAUUCUCCCAAAUUACA